CGGGCCAUCCGCCAUCGAGCAGUCCUUCCCCAGUUGAUAUUUAUAUCAUUUAAGCCAUUCUUCACCGAUGCUGUCAAGGUUUAGGGUUUAACAAGAUAUAAAUUGGCAAAAUGGAGAUGAUCGAGAUAUCACCAGAGAAGGAAGAAGAAGAAGAAAAAGAAGAGACUCCAGUUAGAUCCAUGUUUUGCCUCAAAAGAAACAUGGACUUGAAGAGUUUUGACGAGAAAGAGGAUUGCUUCAUUCUUGAUUUUAACCCAUUUGAAUCCCUUCACCUCACCCAUCUCUCUAUUUCCAACAAUCAUGCUGAAGACCUUUCUGUCAUUGCUGAAAAAGGCCAGGUGGCUUGCAGGGAUUACCCACAUUCAAGACAUUUGUGUUUGAAAUAUCCAUUUGAAACCACACCUCAUGAGAACUUCUGCGAACUGUGUUACUGUUAUGUUUGCGAUUUGGCUGCGCCAUGUAAUUUCUGGACAGAAGCUGAAGCUGAAGCUGAAAUGGGGCAUUGUCAUGCUUCAGAAAAUACUGGCAACUGGAAGAAGUUGAGGAUCCUGAGGAAAAAGAAAUCUUAAAAAAACAAAUCAUCUUCUAGUUGAUGUUCUAGUUUAAUUGUACAUACUGGGAAAGUAACCCUUUUUAGCUAUUUUAAAAUCGAUCUAAUUCAAUCUUGUAAUUUGGUUUUUGGGUAACAGAAAUGGAGUUUUUCAAUAUCCCA